CGCGAUGUACCAGAACACGGAAGGAAGCUCUUCCAUCACCAUGCGAUGUGCUCAUCUGACCUCGGCGUCCUGUGAACUGUAUGGGACAUUUUCAUAUGGAAAAGAAAUGUACCAAAUUCAGCCCUCUGGUGACGGGAUAUACUCUCCGUACGAAAUUAGUCUACUUGACGUAAGAAACCGGCGAUUUAUCAACGUUAAUGGCGAUGCUAAAGCAGUGAUCAAACAGCUUGAAGGAAGCGAAAAGUUUAAAAAGUUUGGAAAGGAGCAGAUCGCUAAUUCGAGAAAGCGAAGAGCGAUAGACACCGAUUAUGUUGGUGAGAUGGUUGUUUGGAUGGAUCUGUCAGUGUGGACACGGAUUUUAGCUGUAUCAGGUACGGAGACCGCAGCAGACGCCGAUGCAGAGACGUACGCUAUAGCGCUCAUGAAUGACGCUGACACCCGUGUCAGGAACCUUGAUGUGCAAUAUCAAGAAAACGGUGCCGGGGUUUCCUUCAGUUGUAGCUUGAUGCUUGUACACUUAGAAAUAUGCAAGCAAAGCAGUGACUGUCAAUGGUCUGAAGGUGUCGUCUCAAAUGGGGUGAUCACAUCAAGUACUGCUUACAUGAGCGAUGUAUUAAAUCAAGCAUUUGCACUUGAAGGUCCUGCGGGCAUUGCCAACAGCUACGAUUUCAUGAAUCUCUUGACGGCCUAUGAGGUGGUGGACUCGACCGGGGUUACUGGUUGCGGAGCCAUCUUUCAACGUGACUUGAUGUGUCGUGUCGUAGCUGCCGCACGUGUCAGCGUAACUAUGAUCAGAGACGGAGGGGUAGGAUUCAACACAGCCCACUUCUUCGCGAUGCACGUCGGUGCAGAAAACGACGAAAACAGCGCGGCAUGUACUUCUGCAGACCAAUUCGCCUCUGCUUUCAAGUGGGAAAGAGCGUCGAUGUCGACCGCUAAUGCUGUCAAUCCAUGGCGAUGGUCUACGUGUGCCUUAGAUCAGAUUCAGCAGACAAUAGAAGAAGAUUCGAGCUAUGUCGCAUGUUUGACGGAUCAGAAUUUUUCAACGGAAGACUAUGAUGCAUAUCAUGCGCAGGGAGCACUCGGCAAGACCCUUUCCGCUGAAGACCAGUGCCGAUAUGCCUUCGGAGACGGAUCUACAUUCUGUGGUACCCAGGACGAGACGGUCUGUUAUCUUGGACUCGACUGUACUAACCCUGAUACGAAUGCCUGUGACGAAGUCAUCUACGCGUUAGAAGGCAGCAUUUGUAAUCAAGAGGGAAACGCUAAUGCUUAUUGUCUCGAAGGGGUGUGUGAUGUUCCUACAACUACUUCAAGGCCAACAACCACAACACCAAUACCGACAACCACAACACCAAUACCGACUACCACAACACCAAUACCGACAACCACAACACCUAUACCGACAACCACAACACCUAUACCGACAACCACAACACCAAUACCGACAACCACAACACCAAUACCUACUACCACAACACCAAUACCGACAACCACAACACCAAUACCGACUACCACAACACCAAUACCAACAACCACAACACCAAUACCGACAACUACAACCACAACACCAUUACCUACCACAACCACAACACCAAUACCUACUACCACAACCACAACACCAAUACCGACAACCACAACACCAAUACCAACAACCACAACACCAAUACCGACUACAACAACACCAAUACCAACACCCACAACCCCAAUACCGACAACCACAACACCAAUACCGACUACCACAACACCAAUACCGACAACCACAACACCAAUACCGACAACUACAACCACAACACCAUUACCUACCACAACAACAACACCAAUACCUAAUCCCUACCCAACAAACGAUCCAUAUCCAACGGGCGAUCCCUACCCAACAAACGAUCCAUAUCCAAGUCCUAAUCCCUACCCCACGGCUGAUCCUUAUUCUCCUGAUUACAAGCCCAGCUCUGGUCGUAAAAUCCCGCACCCUCCCUAUCCAGGCCCCCCUGGAUCCAGGCCUAAUUAUCGGUCACGGAACAGGCGAGGCGCGCCUCAGAAAUACGAGGCACCAAUCAGCACAGCUCGUUUAAACAAAAUGAAAGUUGAAGACAAAGAGGAGGAAGAAGAGGAAGUAGAAGAAGAAGAGGAGGAGGAGGAAAACCCCAUGGACUUUAGCAUGAUGUCAAAAUUGAUGGAUCUUUCUGGCAUAGGAAUGUUUAUGCCACAGUAUAAUGAAGCACAGCAAAUUCAGCCUAAAAGUAACCGAUUUCUAUCGAGAAUUAAAGAAUUUUCUGACGAUCGCAAGGUCGAUUCUUUUUAA